UCAUUGAAUCCCACAGAUAUCUCAUCAUCCGCAUCACAGCCUCACUUGUUCAGCCAUCUCAAGUCUUUCAACUCUUCCACCAUGAAGUUCACUUCAACUUCUCUUGCGCUUCUCGCAAGCGUUCCCCUCGUCUUCUCUCUUCCCACCGAGGUUAAGCCAUCUGAACAGCUCGAACAGCCUCAGGGCUUCGACAAGAUUCAGAAAGCUGAUCCCGAGCACUGGCUCCAAGCCGUCAAGGAAGAAGCUGCCCGCCAAGAAGCCGCUGCUGCUUCCACUUUCAAUGAGACUGAGGCCCUCGAAGCCCGAGCCAGCUGGAUCUACCAAGUCCACGGCAUGUACACCGACAACCUCGUCAACGUCGGUGACGUCGACACCUUCUACAUGCUCUGGACGCGCAUGUACGACUCCAGUGACGAUAAGGGCGGUCUCUCAGACAUCACCCGCAAUGCCUGGAGUAAAUUCUGCAACAGCCCCUACGGCAACAAUGGUGGCGUAACGACCAGAUUCAUCCUCGACGGUCAGUGGGGAGCCGUGGGCCGUCUGAGCGGCUGGUCGAUGCGCGACGCCCUGAUCCACUCCAUGUGGCAGACGGCCGAUGGUAUCGGAAAGAAGAACGGGUACACUGUGUACAACGGCUGCUACGGCUUCACCUGGCAGGAGAGUAAGCCGGGUAAGGCCAACUCAGCUUGUGGAGGACGAUCGGGCAAGGCUUGCCCGUAUAACGAUGACUGUCCGCUGGCGGGUAUGGAGUGCACUGGCCUCAAGUGGGGAACCUGGAUGCCCAGCAUCAUCCGCAUGAACGUCUACAACCGCGAUGGAUCUCUACGCGCUGAUGCGUACCAGGCGAGAAUCUCUUCGCAGGCUGUUGGCUCCGGUGGCUGCUCCAAGGCCCAGACUAUUUCUGCCUAUGUUGCUGACUUUAUCCCCAUUGUUGGGCCCUACUUCGCCACUGGUAUUCGUAUCAACUGUCUGUACCAGAGCUAAGUUCGCUCGCUAAAGGCGGACCUUGCCCUGUAGGGUUGUUGACGAAAUGUUCCAGGCUUGCUUCAAGCGACUGGGGUUCCCGGUGAGACUGGGUCGAGGUGUUGUUGGAGACCUUUGUCAUUCUCUGUAUAUAGUUCUAUUACUUGAAUAUAAAAGCGUUUGUGCUGAUCAAA